GAUGAGGUUGAGGAUUUGGACAGUGCGAUUGAAGUGGUGUUAUUCAUAUGAAAGUGUAAAGUUCUAACCUAUUAGUUAUAGUAAGUUGCACGGUUACAGAUGGUUUGAAUGAGCUUUCAGUUUGAAGUGGAAAUCUGAACUUGUGUUACCAAUAUUGCUGAUUAUAUAGGCGUUUCUAUGUGAUAUUAUUCAUAGUAUUUGUAAAUUUGGAAAGAGAAGAUUUAUUGUGAUGAGAAGUAGAGAAGUUUUUACACAAAUAUUGCAUGAAAUAUUGUUAGUUAGACUUUGCCUGAAAAGUGAAAUCUAGUGAAAAUUAACAGCUUGUUUAUGUGACGACUUUCAGUUUUUGAUCUAAAGUAAUUUUGUUGAAAAGUAGAUUUAAACGUACUAAAGUUAGUACAGUUUUAUAUUAUUAUAGUUACCUUUAACUGUUACAGUUAGCUAUGUCUCAUAGUAAUACAAAUAGUGAUAGUGUCAGUGAUAAAGUUGGAAUGCUGUGUUGUGAGAAAGGAAAAGGAGAACCAAAUUGUAUCGUUGAAAGUGAAUUGAACUCUUCAGAAGCUCAGAGACACUUAGUCUAUAACAAAGUACUUCCUUAUAGUGACAAAUUAGAUGAUGAAUCUGAAAAGCUUUUAUCCGAGGUUAAAGGCAACCUUGGGAAAGCCAUUUUGAUGCGUGAAAUUGUUCCUGGAACAGGAUACUGGACUUCUCACUUAGUCAAAUAUAUCCGACUAUAUGGGCGAAGGUUUUCCAAGGAAGAUCACAUUCACUUUAUUAAACUAGUGUUUGAAUUAAUUAUUAUUCCAGACUUGGAUUUAAAUGUAAUUUGUCAUCUGGCUCAACUUCUGAAUCUCCUCCUCAAGAAAAAGAAACUGUUAUCCAGAGCUGAGCUGGAAGUCCCAUGGAGGCCUCUUUAUAAUUUAUAUAAAAAUGCCUUGGACUCGUCCUAUGAACACUUAGGGAUGUUAUUGUUGCCUCGAAACUUGGAAGAUACCUUGAAGACAAUGAUACGCUCUUGCAGAGUAUAUUUUUCAGUGGAAUCCACACAAGAAAUGUUGACAGAAUGGCGACCUCUGAUAUGUCCUUUUGAUGUGACUAUGAAUAAAGCUAUGAUGUACUUUGAGCUGUUUUUACCUACUCUGUUGGGCCCUGAUAAUUAUGAUAAAGGAUUCAGGUUAUGGUUUGAAGAAUUUAUGGAGAUUUGGGAUUCUUUUCAAAACUCUCCUACAUGGGAAAAUAGUCUUGUCUGGCUUUUUUCUCGACUUGCUCACGACAAUAUUGGUUAUAUUGACUGGGAACCUUACAUUCCAAAAAUAUUUACCAGACUUCUUGACAGCUUUAACCUUCCUGUUGGUCAGAACAGUGUUCAAGUUAACCGAAUAAAUUCAACAUUUGAUGUAGUUCCCUCUGUAAACUGGAUUGCAUCAAUGGAAAAGUACCACUUUUCUUGGGAGACACCUAUUCCAGAAACCAGUAAGUUGAAAGAAGACGAUGUUACAAAGUUUGUAGAGAGCAUCAAGCCAGUAGUUUUGUUAUCUAUGUUUAGUAAGGCAGGUAGUACUGAUUCUGCUGCUGCACUACAAAAUCUUGCUACUGUUCGACCAGAAAUUGUGAUACCUCCAGUUUUAGAUCGCCUGUACUCCUCACUAGAAACACUAACAGAACCUCAUCGAUUGACUGCUACAAUGCAGUGUAUUGUGUCUGUUGCUAGAGCUUUAGUACAAGGGUCUAAUCGGUUUCCUGAAGGUCCAUCCCAUGUGGUUCCUUUACUGAUGGGAUCUUUACCAGGUAUAGACCCAAAUGACAUCAGAAAGUGUAUGGUAACAUUUCAGUUCAUCUCAACAUUCACUACAUUGAUUCCAUUAGUUGACUGUUCAAAGGCUGUACAGUAUCAUUCAGACUUAACAGAGCUUGAGCAGGAAAUAUGCUUAGCAACAGCAGAGUUUGAAGAUUUUGUUCUUCAGUUCAUGGAUAGGUGUUUUGCACUGAUUGAAAACAGUAGCCUUGAACAUCCAGCACGACUUGACAGAGAUACUGAGAAAAUGAAUCUAGAAGAGAAUGUUUUGGAAAUAGGUUUAACCUCCACAUUCAGCAGCAUCUUAACACAGUCAUCUCCUGAAAUCUUUAAGGCAGCACUUCGUAAACUUUAUUCAUUUGUAUCGAGCCACAUCCUAGAGACCAAAGUAUCAGGAAGGUUUGCAGCGAACAUGUGUCGAUCUGCUGCAAGGGUAAAUCCUGAGGCUACUCUUCGAUUAUUUUUACCACACUUUUGUAAACUUGUCAUAACUUUAACAGAAAGUGAAGAUGUUGCAAAGGAGGAGAUUUUAGAUGAGGAACUUUUGUUCAGUCUUCUUUUGUUGUCAGAGGUUGUCAGAUGCAAUGGAGUUUAUUUGCUACAGUACAGAAACUAUAUUGAAAGCGUUCUCCAUCGUACACUUCACCUUACCAAUAAACAGGGAUACCUUCUUACAGGAUCAUUGCUGCGAUACACCUUGAAAGCUUUAACAACAGUCUAUCCCCUAGACUUCCGCAGUACAAAAAUGCCAGUGGAGGAUUGUUGUUCACUUGAGCAGCACUUGCCUAUAAAGGAUUGGGGAAAGCCAGGAGAUAUAAAAGACCUGGGUGUUCAGUGGCAUUUGCCUUCAGAUGAAGAGAUAAGUUUAGCUCAAGACUUAUUAGAAUCUUUCUUGAAACCUGAACUGGAAGAACUGACAAAAUGGAAAAAACAAGAACUAUCUUUAACCAGGGAAGAACUUCAAAGAUCAUUGAAUAUUGUUCAUGAAUGUGUCAUUGGUGCAGGAGCUGCUCUUCCUGUAUGGAAAAUAGAAGCUAUUCAACUGUCUGAUAGUUUUGUUCCAAUCCAUUGUUCUCGAGUAAAAGAAGUUGGGCAUAAAGCAAUUGAUUUCAAGGAUGGAAGAAACAUCAGACAGACAGUAGUCAGUUCGUUAAAGGAGGUUUUAGAUCACAUCAUGAAUACAUGUGAAGAUGACACCAAGUCUCUCUUUCUUAUUAUCAAGAUUUUUGUGUCUUUAAUGAUCUUCUGGGGUGUUGAUAAAACAGAGUUUGAUACCAGGUGGAAGAGCUUCCAUGUUGUUAAAAAGGCAUUAGAGAAUAAGCUUGUUGGAAGUAAGCAACACAUCAGAGCCCUCUUGGUUGAUAGAACUCUAUUACAACAUGAGGUGCGUGUGUUGGAACUUCAACGAAUGCCUUUUUCAACCAUACACAAGGAGCUGAUGAAUGAUCUACUUCGUUUAGCUACAAGCCAUUAUAGUGAAGUAAGAAUUAAAGCCCAGAGUACACUACAGGCCUGCUUUAGGUUAUUUCCACUCUCCUACAAGAUCUUCCUUCCUGAUAUUUUGAAUCUUCUCACAGUGGAUACUGUUGUUUCGCAUGAGAAGUUUAAAGGUUCCUUGUUCAUUCUUCUGGGCCAGAAACAAAAAUCUCCUUUAAUUCUACAUGAUUGGGAUGUCCUGAAGAAAACCUGGCCUGCCAUUAUUAAGGCACAACAUUCGGAGAAGCCAUCUAUAAUUAAUUUGCUAAACCAGAUCUCGGAAAACAUACAGAAGUACAUGAACACACCUCAGUUACAGUUAAAGGUUUCAGCAAACUGUUUGGAAGCUGCAAUGACACUCUGGUGUAGAACAAAGCCUUUACCAUCUUUGGAAUGCCCCACUGACAAAGAAAUUGAGGAAGGAAAACAAAAGGAACUCAGAAAGAAUGAAAUGAACAUUAGCAACUACCAGGACCUAGUGAAAAGUUUAGUAGACUUGAUUGAAAAUGGAAACCUUCAUUGGCGGCAUAAUCAUCUUGCCCUGAUAAUGCUGAAGAUGUUGAUUCGGCAUGAUGUUGCUUUUCCACAUGAAGCUGUUAAACUCUUUGCCCAGCAUCUUGUUCAUGAUACUCUAAUGAUGCGCAAGAUUGCCAUCACUGCAGUUGCUGCAAUCCUGAAACAACAAAAAAGAUGCCAUGUGGUAGAAACACUGGAUAGCUCGAAAGUGAAUGUCAACUCAUUACAGCUUCAUCCUGCCUUGUUAGAAAGCUGUGGUCCUUUGAUUGAUAAACCAGCCAACUUAUGGCUGCAGUAUAACAGUCUAAGUCCACCAGAUACUCAGGAGAAAUGGGAUAAUCAUCAGUUUGUUCACAAGACACAUGUGGGCUUUUAUAUAUGUGAUGGACAGUUGAAGGUUUAUGCCCCGGACAGUAAACAGCCACUUUUGGAUCGACAAAGAGCUGAUCUUUCAGAGGGUGAAAUGGCUAUAUAUGAUGCCUUCAGCAAUCAGCAGUUUGUAGAUCAAUUGAUGAAUUAUUUGUCAUUGGAGGAGAGAAAAGGGCAGGACAAGUUUGAUGCUAAACGGUUUCACAUGUUCAAGAUUACUCUAAUUUUUAUUUGCCCAUUUUUCAGGUUACUUAGCAAAAUUUUUAUGUAUGACAUGUCUUUUCCUCGAGCUUCCAAAUGUUUGGCUCUUGCCCCAAAGCGUGACCCUUUCAUAAGGGAAGUCUUACCCACUCUUACACUUCUAACUGUAGAAAGUGUAGAUAGCAAUCAGAGUACUCCAGAUUCUGACCCGUCUGAUCUAGAUAAUAAAGACUUGAUGGUAUCAACUCCAAAGAGUAUUUCCACUGAUAGCUUUAUCCAUAAUUCACACUUGAACUGUAUCAAUGGUCUUGAACAGCCAGAGGAGAGGAAGAAGGCUGCAAAUCUUUGUAAAAUUGUGUGUAAAUGGCUUGUGAUUACCAUAACAAGAACUCCUUUUUGUGCCCCUCCAGAAGUUUUCCGCUUGCUACGUGUGCUGUGCAUAAUGCAGAGCGAUACCACUGAUGAUGAGUUACAAAAAGAGUGUACAGUUGCACUAGCAGUGAUGGGCCAAGCAGUUUUGCAACUAGAAGUGUUGGAAGCUGCUAUCAGUACUAUGAAACAGGUUCGUGAGAGCAAUUCUUGGCAUGCUCGGGUUGCAGCCUUGUCUUACCUACAGGUCAUGGUAUUUUCCAACCUCUUCAUGGUGAUGCACCAGCCUCAAUGGGUAGAGGAAAUCACAAAACUGGUUGUUAGUUUGUUGGAGGAUGAGAGGGUUGAGGUUCGAGAAACAGCUGCGGAAACACUUGGAGGAUUUCUUCAUUGUGAAUUUGUCAAGGUUACAGAAGAACUAUUAGAGAGUUUCAAGGUUAAGUGCAGGAAGAAACUGAAGAAAAGAAAGAUGCAAGAUAGAGCCUCUGGCUUAUCAAUAGUAGACCUUCAAGAGCUCACUGAGAGACAUGCUGGGAUACUUGGCUUGUGUGCAUGUGUGAAUGCUUAUCCGUAUGAUGUUCCAGAGUUCCUACCUGAUGUGCUGGUUAUGUUAGGAGAUCACCUAAAUGAUCCUCAGCCAAUUCCUUCUACAAUCAAGAAGACGCUUUCCAAUUUCCGCCGCACACAUCAUGACAGCUGGCGAGAUCAUAAAUUAAAAUUUACUGAUGAUCAGCUAGCUGUUAUUACAGAUCUUUUGGUUUCACCAAGCUAUUAUGCUUAAUAUCAGGUGCUAGAUAAAGGAUGAAGAGAUGGAAACAAAAAGUUAUCUGAUACUGUAAAGAUAGCUUAUUCUAAAUGCUCUUAAAGAAGAAAUUUAUAAUAAUUUGUUUUCAAAAAGAGCUUGAGAUAGAGCUUGGAGAUGUUUUGUAUGAAACUUAUUGAUAUAUGAUACUUUAUAAAAGUUAUUAAAAAGUGAGAAAAGAAAAUGUUAAUGUAUCAGUUCCUUAACUGCCAUUAAAUAAGCUGGACUUCAGCCACAUAGGUUUAUGAUUUUGUAGUGAAGUGAAAUUUUUAAUAUUUAAAAUGGUAAAGCUGUCCUUUUAUGAACAAAGUUUGACAAAUACAUAAAACGACUUGACGAACUCUACAAUCUGAAAUAUAUAUUUGUGAGGUUGAAAGUUUGCUCAAACUUCACGUAGUUUAUAAGGAAACUUACAAACCAAACACAAAGUCUAAUAUCUAAUUUAAUAAUCAGUCUUUUAUUCCAAGACAAAACCUAAACUAUAGUUUAUAGUUUGAUAAGGAAUAAUGUUAUUACCUUGUAAAAAAAAACAAGCCAUAAACAGUAGUUUUUGUUGUUAUUUAAGGCUAUUAGUUUUGAAUCCAAAUCUUUAAAUUUAAAUUUAUCCAUGAAAUCUUACUGUUUUAAAAAAGAUCACACACUGUACUUUCAGUCUCAAUAUUCAGUUUUAUUAUAAAGUGUCUUCAACAAAAAAAAAGUAACAAUCAAUUUUUUAAUGUACCAAUAUCCAGUUGCAAUUAGCAAAUAGUAGCUAAUCAUCUUCUAAUGAUUUUCUGAAUUAAAAAAAAUUAACAUAACAAUACUUUAUUUUUUUAACCAGUAUUUUUUCAUGUUUAAUUGCAUAUGUGUAUUUCAGCACUUUUUAGUGAUCUUCGUCGUUAGAAAGAAAUAUUUAAUUCAGUUUUCAAGCAAAUACUGCUAGGUUGUGUGUAAAACAAGUAUACAAAUCAGUGUUACAUGUUUUUUUACUUCACAUAUUUUCUAAUCUUAAUUUUUAACACAUACUGAGCAACAUAUAAAUGGAUUUUAAUAGAUGUUUUGGCAAAAACAGCCAUCACAGGAAAAUAAAUUGUAGAAUCCAUUUCUCUGAUGUAUAUGGUUGUAAUGUGACCUAAGUUCAGGUAUGGAUUACAUAGAAGAGUAUUAAUUUGUUAUCUAGAUUGAAGUUUUUAUUUUCUCAAGACCCCCCCCCCCCCCUUCAGUAGCUCAUUGGUAAGCUAAGGAGCUUUUAAUGAACAUGUUCAGGGUAUGAUCCCUCACAGUGAGCACAGCACAAAUUGCCCAUUGUGUAGCUUUGUGCUUAACAACAAAGUGGCACUUAUAUUGUUUUUUCUCAAGCUUCUUGGUUUUUUUUGUUCUUUCUAUUCUUUGAGUGGCUAAUGUUUUAAAAACUGAUAUAAUUCUCAAUGAACCUGUGCUUCAAAUGUUUAUAUAUUACUGUAAUGAGGAAUAUAAAUAUCCACUGCAUUUCUCAUACCUUUUUUUUUGUUGUAAGAACAUUUGCUGAUAAAAUUGAAAAUAUCGUAUCUGGUAUUACCAUUAAAUCGGGAGAGUAAAAUAGUGUUUGUUCAAUAAUGGGUAAAUGAAAAUAAACCAGACGUUCAAUUUGGUAGAAAGUGAGUGAUGUUGUAGUGAACAUUUAAUGAUCUAUGUAUGUUUUAUUUAAAGCCAAUAAAAUUUAAAGAAGUAAGUAAUAACAAAUAGAAUAGCUACAUGUGAAAUUAAUUAUACAGUCAUAUGUUUUUAAGUAUACUGUGUAACCUUUCAAAUCUUCAAGUAAAUUAUUUAAAGUCACUUAUCAUUGCAUGAUGCAAUUGUGUCAUUUUUUUAAACUUGUUUUCCCUGUUGUUGGAAAUGAAAAGUGUCCGUCUUCAAAAAAACUAGCGAACUUUUCAACUUGCUUUUCUGCAGUUGGAAGUUACUACUAAUUCUCCUGAAGUUGCUACAAAAAACUAGUGGAUUAUUUUAACUUGUUUUCCAACAGUUGGAACUAAAUACUAUUUCUCAUUAUGCUGCAAACUAAAGACUAGUGGGUUUAUUGCAUGCACCAUAAAGUUUAGUUCAAUGACAACACAUUUGUGACAAAAUACUUUAAAUUUUAAAUGUGUAACAUUUGCAUAGGAAAGGUUAUUUGCUUUUUAAUUUAUUCAACAUAAUAGUUGGAGAUAUUGUUUUAUACCCAUCAUUAAGUGGACAAUGUAUUUAGCAAAAAAAAUGGUUAGGUAAGAAUUGUGCAUAUCUAUUAAGAUUUUUUUACUGCUGCAGACAAUUUAAUUUUUGUUGAUUCCUUUUUAUUUUUUUAUUAAAUGUUUUACAUAUUAGUAAUUAUAAAUAAUUUAAAGGCAUUGAUGCUUAGCUUAUAACCAUAUGAAGAACCUUAAAAGUUCCUUUCAAUUUCUAACAUCUCAGCGAGUAUUGUCUGAGCUGUAGUGAGUCAAAAAGUCAUACAACUCAAAAGAUAAAUGUGUUUCAUGUUCAAGCAUCAGUGCCUUUAAAUGUUCAAAUUAAAUAAAUGUAGAAAUUUUGUUCUAAGAAAUAAAUUAGUAAUUUCUAGCAUGCAUAGCUAGGGAUAUUUUACAGUAACCUCAAAUAAUAUAUAUUUACCCUAAAAAAACUGAUUCCCUGUACUGUAAGAAAUCUCUAAUUAGAUGUUCUCUAUGUACUUACAUAUAAAUGUAGUUUGGGCAGUUCAGAAAUCAAAUAAAAUUGAAAAUAAAUUUUCA